AACUGCCAUUUAACCUAGUCUGUAUCCAGGUGUUGCAACUUGUAUGUUUGCUUUGGCAAUUAAUAUUGGAAUCAUAAACUUUCUGAUCUCCAACGUGCACCUGCUCUGCCACGAUGCUCCUGUACAAACUGGUUCUAUUGCUGGGAAUUUUGUCGUUGGCCUCAUGUCGAAGGAAUCGUUACAGACGGUAUAGAUUCAGGAAGUAUUUCAAUAGACGAUCGUGUGGGUCAUAUCCUUCAGCAAUAACCGAAAGCGAAUUGAAAGCCUUGGGUGAGCAGAUAUGGAGAGAAGAUACAAACAGAGUGCAGCAUGGGAUAGGAUUCAGACUGGACAUGCAAACAAACGCUGGCUACAAUGGUGUUGACUAUGCAUCUAGGCCGCUUUUCAAAUUCGUUAAUCAGUCGGUACUGCAAAAACCGUCUGUCAGAGCCAUGGUUGCCCUGUUUGAUAACUACAAAAGAGCAAUUGGAUCAUCAGAAUAUGUCAGUAGUGGGGAGAGAAGUGAAAACUGGAACUUCCUUAAUACUGUGACAAGCACUAGGCCUAUGGAGCUCGUAUACCAGUUCUUGCUAAGGAAAAAGGUCGUGUGCUCAUUGAAAGACUUCAAGAACAGUCUUUACAAUAUUUGGUUCAAUCUGUACGCAAGAAGAAGCAGCAAAAAACGAUAUACAAGUGGCUUGGAUUCGUCUGGAUUUGAGCAUGUGUUUGUUGGUGAAACUGACUCAUCCAAAGUACUCGGACUUCACAAUUGGAUUCAGUUUUAUUUGCAAGAGAAGAAUCGUAAUAUAGACUACAAGGGCUACAAGGGUUACAUCAAGCAAAGCUCAGUCUUCACAUGCCAGUUUUCAUGGUAUGGGUUACUGAAAUCGAUUGGCGGUGCAUUCGUUGGAACGUCACCAGAAUUUGACUUUGCCAUCUACAGCUUGACAUUCAUGUCAAAAGUGAGAAAUCCCAUAUAUACAUUUGGAGGUGACCGAGUUCGUGUUAAAUGUUAUGGCAUUGCAGGAGGAAAAAUUGGGACAUGCUACCCAAUUUUGCUGUAGAGACUGGUGCAAAUGCAGAAACAGCAAAUGUGAUGCAGAUUAAGACGUAUUUUAAUUUGUGUUGAUAGAAAAAGUUAUAAAUCAUUUGACGAUUAUUGUCGUUUUUAUCUCUUUAUGCAGUUCUGCUAGUAUCACAGGAGAUAAAAAAAUCUACAUUUUCUAAACUAGAAUUAGAGAAAAGGUUUUUUUACCCAACGAGUAUCUAAGAGUGAUCUUAUCGUGUAAACAGCCAAAGGAAGGAUUUUCAGAUUUUUAAUUUUUAAUUGUUACUCACCUGCCUAUCUUCCGAGGGCUGUUUUUAGGACACUGAGAAAUUUUGCUUAGUAUCUCCUCCUCUCAAUAUUACUAUACGUCAUGAUUCCUUCGCCUCGAAUCCUCACUGUAAGUGAAAGUUUGGUAAUGCCACUGACGCGAUCUACAUGCUCUUUGAUCUGUAGUUUACGAUCCUAACCACUAAACCAUCCCCAGCCGUCUAGAAUGAACUGCAAAGUUCUUCAUCAUAUUCAAAGCUGAAGCUCUCAGUUUCUUUAUGCAAAUAUUACGUUUUAAAAUUUAAGGCCCUUGCAAUGUCUUUUUCUUCGUGAAUUAUUUUCAUUCCAUGUCAGAUGGCCACACUCAUCGUACCAAUAUCCUUGGUCCUAUCAAAGUUUCCCUCAAGUUUGGUAACGUUUAUAUUACCCAAGAGUCUUAUCUUCAAGUAUAUCAUCGCUCUUGUCAUCCCAAAUUAUUUGACAGACUUUUUGUGAUGAAUAUCAGGUUGAUGCUUUUUCAAAGUAUAUGAAUAAGUCAAUAAAUGCGUUCGAUAAGCGAAGAGAGCAGACAUCAUUUAAGUUAUUUGUACGCUUGUUAUGCAUAAUGCAAAGAUUAUGAAGUUUACAAUGAAGAUACCCGAGUUAGAGUUACAAUUAUACAGAUUACCGUUAGAAGAUAAGGUUUUCUCAGUAUUGCAGCUGAGUCCAUUAAUUAACAAAGAUAAAAAAUGCUGUAUCACUUCAAAAGCUAAAUUUGCCUCAGGAGAAAA